AUGGAAACGAAGUCUGGUAAAAGAAAGGCAAAGGAGACAAUGGGUUUACAAGGUUAUGUCUUGAGGGAUAACCCUAAGAAAUCUUGGAAAUCUUUGGGCUCUAAGGUUGACGAUAUUGGCUCGACCCUUGGGUUCCAGUGCAAAGCUUGCGGCAAACAAUUCGAGUCAAUGAAAGCUCUGUUUGGUCAUAUGAGGCAUCAUUCUGCAAAAGAAAGGAAACAAGUUAACUGUCAAGAAUGUGGCAGAAAGUUUAAGUCUUUGAAGGCCUUCACUGUUCAUAUGAGAUUGCACCCUUUGAAGGGAUUAACAGUGAGGAGAAAGAGAUCGCAAAGAUUGAGGUACAGUAACAAUGGUCUAAAUGAAUCUUAUGGUUUACUCGAAAUUGAUCAAGAGGUUGAAGAAGCUGCUCUGUGUUUGAUAAUGUUGUCUAGGGGAAUCAAGAAUCGGACCGAAUUCAAUUGUUUUUGGGAGUCUUGUGAUGAUAAAGAAAUUUUGCAGAGUCCUUUUGGUUAUGGGGAUGACUUUGAUUCAUACGCCUCUGGUUCUAUGAAUGAUGAAUCUCGAUUCGAAUAUUGUGAAACCGAGAUCGAGGGAAGAAUUUCCGGUGAAGUGAUGAAAUUGGGGUGCAAUGGGGUUGAACCAGGGAAGGAUUUGAUGGAAGGAUUGGAAUUAACUGGUUUAGGGUCCACAAAAUCUAGUUCUUGCAAAGAUGUCAUGUUCGAUGGUCGUGAUUCGAAACCGGGAGGGGAUGCUUCGAACAAGUUAAUAAGUACUCCAUUGAAUUCUGAGAUGUCUGAUGAUUCCCAGAACAAGAACAGAUUCAAGUGCAGGAUCUGCAGCAAGACUUUCAAAUCUCACCAGGCACUUGGAGGUCAUCAAACAAUCCACAGAAAGAGUAAUACCUGUUCCGUAGAGCCGGUCGAAGAUCAAGAAAUGAAUGAGGUGACUAGUUCUGUAUCAGGAGUAGAGUACAAGGCGCACAAAUGCCUAAUCUGCUUGAAGGUUUUCAGAUCGGGGCGAGCUUUGGGUGGUCACAAGAAGUCUCACAUGUCGAAAAAACAGCCGGCGGAGCUGCUAGACCAUUGUAACAUAUCUUCUGAUGUUAUUGAUCUUAAUGUACCAGUUAUACACAAUGAAGAGGCCAAAGGUGACACCGGAUUUAAGUCACGCCGUCUUGGAACGGACUGCAAGAGUGGGCUUUACUGA